AUGUCCCGCGAAGCCCUCACCUUCCCCCCCUCAAACCGCACCUUCCUAGAACCCCAUCUCCCCCCAAACAAUGAACCCGAACUCCCCAAAUCCAACCUCCCCUUCACAACCCUCACAUUCGCAACCUCCCUAGACAGCUCUCUAGCCCUGGCCCCAGGAACCCGGACCACGCUGUCCGGCCCACAAUCCAAGGCAAUGACACACUACCUCCGCUCCCGCCACGACGCCAUCCUAAUCGGCGUCGGGACAGCAGUAGCCGAUAAUCCGGGGUUGAAUUGCCGAAUCGAAGGUGUCGGUGGCUACGGUGGGGAAGGGUUACUCGGUCAACCAAGACCGAUUGUCAUUGAUCCGCGUGCUCGAUGGGAUUUCACUGAGCAAUCGAAGAUCCUGGAACUGGUUAAAGAGGGGAAAGGUCGUGCUCCGUUUAUCAUUACGUCUACUGGGACGGAACCGGCUGCGGAGAAGAAGGCGUUGUUGGAGUCUUACGGGGGGAAGUUUAUUCCUCUUGAUCUUUUCCUUGAGGAGCAUGGUGAAAGGAGGUUGGAUUGGACUGCCGUGCUUGAGUGUUUGAGGAAUGAAGGUUUGAGGAGUGUUAUGAUUGAGGGCGGUGGGACGGUUAUUAAUUCCCUUCUUGAACCGGGGUGGGCGCAUUUGGUGAAUUCUGUGAUUGUCACUAUUGCGCCGACUUGGUUGGGGCAGGGGGGUGUUGUUGUUUCGCCGAGACGCAGGGUUGAGGGGGAUGCGGUUGUGCCGGCGGCGAGGUUGAGGGAUGUCAAAUGGUAUCCAUUUGGGGAGGAUGUGGUGCUUUGUGGGAGGGUUUAA